AUGAACACGUUUGACAGGAUACACUUGUUGACAUGGCAAGGAGCGGACCUCAAUGGCGUUUGUGUUAACGGUCUUGUACCAAUUGUGGAGCCCGAAGUGCUCCCCGAUGGCGACCACGACCUACCGACUGCGCAGAAAGUGACGGAACAAGUUUUGGCAUUCGUUUACAAGGCUUUGGCUGAUCAUCACGUGUAUCUGGAAGGCACUCUUCUCAAACCCAAUAUGGUGACGGCUGGUCAAUCAUGCUCCAAACGGUACAGCCCAUCUGAGAAUGCUUUAGCUACUGUUCAGGCUUUGCAGAGAACCGUUCCUCCUGCUGUUGUUGGAGUAACAUUUUUAUCUGGCGGCCAAUCUGAGCUCGAAGCCACUACGAAUCUUAACGAGAUCAAUAAAGUCCCUGGUCGCAAGCCGUGGGCCUUGACCUUCAGCUUUGGUCGGGCUCUUCAGGCCUCAGUUAUUGAUGCUUGGAAAGGACAGAAGAGUAACUUGGCAGCAGCUCAGGAGGAAUUUUUAAAACUUGCGAAGG